AUGCGGGCUUGCCUUCUGAUCAUGAUCGCGCUGUACCGAACGUCGGCAGCGCCGGCCAACGAGACUACUCCCGCCAAUAGGAUGGUAUCCUCGCUCUGUUUUUGCCCGAGUGCGAUGCGGUACUGCCGCACGAACACGUUUGGGAACGAGUACUGCUACGGCGUCUCGGACCCCGGCUUCACAUCCAGCAGUGAUUACUGCGUGAAGUAUUACGGCUACGAAGGUCAGUGCACCAACUCUCGCCCUUCUGGCUGCUUUUCGGACUGCCCGUCAAACUACCUGGCCGACGGCGUGUGCGACGCCGUGUGCAACAACGCAGCUUGCCUCUACGACGGAUGGGAUUGCCCUUCACCUUCACCGCCAUCUCCGGCUCCGCCUGCAGGCCUCGCGCCGCCAUCUCCGGCUCCGCCUGCAGGCCUCGCGGGCCCUUGCCGGAAUCAGCACGGAUCGUCGUUGGGCAGCCGUAUCGUUGGUGGAGACGAGAUUGAGCCCCGUGAGCAUGAGUUCCUCGUUACAUAUGACAGCGGGUGUGGCGGCACUCUGAUCGCGCCCGGUUGGGUACUGACCGCCGCCCACUGCUUCGUGGGCACUGACAGCAACGGCAACGAGCUCGGCCCGCCCGAGCGAGUGUAUGUUGGCGCGCACGACAUCACCACUGGCUAUGACUACGACCCGAAUAUCGAGUGCAUCCACGCGAUUGACGUGGCCAGGACCAUCGCCCACCUCGGGUACAACAGUGCAACCAUGGAAAACGAUAUCUACUUGAUCAAGCUGGCAGAGACCACCUCUUACGCCCCGAUCGAUGCACUGGAUUCGCCGGGCGCAGAGUGGCCAGUUGGAACACUUCUCACAGCUACAGGCUGGGGCACAACCGAGUCUGGAGGAUCGGAUUUCGGAGCUGACGGCGUACCCCUCGAUGUGCAAGUCCCCACCGUGAGCAACACUGAGUGCUCGACGGCUUACGACGGAGCAAUCGUCGAGACGAUGCUGUGCGCUGGCGAGGUUGGCAAAGAUUCGUGCCAAGGCGACUCCGGCGGUCCUCUCUUUCGGGUUGACGUCGAUGGGACCGAGACGCUAGUUGGCGUUGUCAGCUUUGGCAUUGGCUGUGGUGACGCCGGCUUUCCCGGCGUCUACACACGGGUGGCCUCUUUCAGAGACUGGAUCUGCGACAAAACCGACGAACAGGUUUGCCACGGCCGUUCUCCGCCCUCACCGUCGCCGCCACAGUCGGGAGAGCAAGGCUCGUUCCGAGUCGUCGCCUCUUUCACCGCGAGCGGCGAGGUGAGCAACUUUGGCGAGGCCACCAAGAGGACCAUCCUCGCAAAGCUUGCCCAGCUGGCCGGCCUCAGCUUCGUUCCUCUCGAUUCGACCCUCGAAGUCACCGCUGGAAGCGUCAUCAUCGUUGCAAAGUUCCCGGUUGCCACCGAGUCGGAAGCCAACUCGGUGCAAAGCAGUCUCGCCUCGUACUCCGAGGCAGAUUUUGAAGCGCAGAUGGGACCUGUCCUUGCUGCGGUGGGCUCAGCCGUCGUAAGUACCGUUGUGGUCGAGGUGAAAGGAGACCCGAAGCCAACUGAGAGCGAUGGCUUCCCUGUGGUCGCCAUUGCAGCGGCGGCGGCAGGGGUGGCCGUCGUGGCUGCCCUCGGGGGUGGCUACGUUUACUACAAGAAGAAGCGCCGGGCGGAUGAGCCAUCGAUCCCCAUGGGCACGCCCGUGGAGAAGGUGGUCGUCUCCUCUGCGUGA